AUGGCUACUGCUGCCCGCACCCGAUCGAUUUACCGCGCCCUCCUCCGGGAGCUGCCUCCGCGACCUGCCCAGCCCAGAUCAAUGCUCCACACCAAGCUGCGAGAGACAUUCACAAGCAACACACCGACCGAGAAAUCACUGGCGCAAGCAGACCAAUUGGUCCAAUAUCUCCAAGCGCAAAGGCAAUAUGUCACGCUGGUCGAGAGAUAUAACCCAGGCAUGAACAUGGACGAGGAAGAGCGAGUCAGACUGACGGCUCGGAGGGUUGGCAUGGACUUACCGAUCGAGUACCAAAACGAUGGAGAAAAGGCAUAA